AUGAAACGCGUUUUAAUUUUGCUCCUACCCCUACUCCUUGCGUUGGCGUACGCUCAAGGAAGAAGCUCUGACAUAACCUCACACGUUCACCAACGAACGAAAAACGCGUCAGCAGCAGAGAUUUUUUCCCCAAAAACAACAGACAAGGAAUGCAUAAAAUGCCUACCUGAUAAUUUCUGUGAAUGUGAAUGCAGCUGUAAAAACAAAACGGGUUUUUCCAUGAAGUAUAGGCACGCAAGUAAGGGGUCCAAACUGCAGAGGAAUAAUCUACUUACGAGUAAGAAGCAUGCCAGCUCGGGACAAUCUACCGGUAUGCACACUAAAAGUGCCAUGUCUGGUGUACGUACGGAAGACUCCUCUCAAAAUGGAACCAACACGGGGGACGGAACGCCACAAGGAACUAACCCCCAGGAUGAUAAAAUAACCGAAUGCUUCUCCUCCUGCAAAAGUGUCACGGGUGUCCAAACAGAGGAAUGCAGCUGCUCCUGUUAUUGUUAAUUCGGAUGAGGAAGAAAUAUCGGGCGUCUACAAGUUUGGUGGGGAUUUUCCCGAUUGAACCCUUCUGCCAAGGGGACAGUUGGUCCCUUUAGAUACAGCCUUACUGCAUAUGACUGUGCGCCAUUUCCGUUUUCACUUUUUUUAAUUCUGGGUGUAACUGUAGCGCGAACAGCUUGCCAACACACCCGUUUUAACGUUGUCGUUUCGUUUGUUCGCGCCGACCUGUUCGUUUCAGUUAGACCCUUUUCAACCACAACACUGUUUUUGUCCAUGCGCCGUUACAUAUGUGCCUUCUUUUC